GCCCCAAGCCCGAGGAGCGGGGAGAACAGACGAAGCGCACUUAUUUCCGGAGGCACACGCUCUGCGCAUGCUCGGGACCCACCGGCUGAGGGGCCGAAUCGCGCAUGUCCGGGAGCGCCCUGAUGUUGAGGUUCGAGGAGCCAGCUCGAGGUGGGCGUCCGGCGUGUGGGGUGCGGACUGCAGGACCGGUGCUGGGCGGUUGGUGACCUCUCAGGGUCGGCGGUGAAUGGUACGCCCUGCCUUCGCUGCUCAGACGUAGCAUAAGUGCGCUGUCCAUCCAGAUUUAAACAUGGGAGAAAAUCGAAACAUUAUAGAAACUCUGAGAGGCAAAGUAAGAGAAAAGCUAAAAAAUGCCAAGAUUAAUCAAGGUGAAAAAUCUUCAACUCAGCUGCUUACUGAAAAUAAGAUACAUCAGUUGUCUAAGACUGAAGUCUCACUGGAUGAAGGUCUUUCGUUUUUCAUUCUGAGUGGUGAAGAAGACUCAGCGUUAGGCCAGUCUUCGGAGCAGAGAUCAGUAAAUGACAGUUACCACAAACACUUUUCACUUGGUGAUAAUUUACAAAGCUUUGUUGAGAGCCAAGAUGAAGAUUUUAUGGAAGAAAUUAUUUUCCCAGAUUUACUUGAAGUAAAGGCUGCUGAUUAUGAAGACGAUCAAGAACAAAUGAAAAAACUACAGGCAAAUAUUUUUGUUCCAAGUAGUUCUCCAGUGAUCAACCAGCUUAAGCUGCCAGAAGAUAUGAUGCCACGCAUUUUAGAAGAAGAAGGAUUCUAUAUUCAGAAAAAACCAGAAAUAUAUAAAAAGACCUGCAACAAAAUGGAAAGUCGCCUGCUUAAACUAGAAGAGGGAAAGUGUUGGUUUGAAGAAAGUGGAGAAAUAAUGUCAUUACCUUCACCUAUUAGACGGUCAUGGAAUUUCAGACUAAACAUAAGAAAGGAACCUUUAAAUCCAGCACUGAAAACCAUAUACAGGAAGGCAGUGAAAUCUGAUCUGGAAAGCUCUAUUAGGAACAAAAUGGAAGGUCAAAGGGAAAUGUAUCAAUUAGAUCUCAACAUUGUGGGUUUGCAAUUCAGUCAUCAUCCUCUCUUCAAUCAAGAACACGUAUUAUGUGCUAGGCUUCUCCAACUUUAUGAGUGUUUUCAGGACAGGCAGCAACAGAAUUUACCUCAGCUGCUUUAUGAGAAGCUUAAAGCACUGACAGAUGCUACCAAAUUAGCAAAUGAAAAUUUGGAAAGAAGCCAGCUAACCGCAGAAUCUUUACAGGAUUAUUAUUGGCAGAUAAGUAAUACAAAACAGCUCUAUGAUUUAGAAAGAAAAAAGGACUUCUCCCUUCUACACAGUAUAUUACGGACUUGGAAACAGAUAAAAUCCCUUCGACAACGGCAAGGGUUUACAAGUACCCUAAUAAAGUUACAGUUUCAGAGGAUGAAAGUGAAUAAAUGUGAUGAACAAAAACAGGAAGAACUGUCAAAAAUGCCUGAGACUAAGAAGAAAACUGAAGGAAAAGCAUUUAAGAAUGGGGAGAAACAGGAGAGCUCUUCUUAUUUAGCUUCAGAAUUUGAUGAAAUGGAUAUUGAAAGAAUAAAGCCACAACUUUCUUUCACAGCAGAACUAACAGACUUAUCCAGGUGUUCACUAUGUGCCCUUUCUUCUUGAGGGAAAUGGAACAGAAGAACUUUGUCUUUUGACAUCAGGAAAACUAAGCUAUUCUCUAUCGUGGGCCUUGGAUGAAAAUGGCAUUCCUCUCACACCUGUGUCACAGUCAUUACGCUCUGCUUACUGCAGGUAAUGAACGUUCAUGCUUGAAAAACAAUGCCGGUCCUCAGCAAAGCAUCACACAAACCUACAAAAGGGAAAACUCUAAGAACAGGACAAAUGGUUUAAUUUACUUGGACGUUGCUUUAUUUUUUAUUUGUGC